UGUGUCGCCCCGCUGUGUGCUGCUGCUGCUGCUGCUGUUCGGGGAAUGCUCGGCGGACGCGGAGGCGAGGUGUGAACACGAUGAGCAGCCUGCAGGACAAAUGGGUCACACUGACCCCAGCUGAAUUCGCCCUGCUGCAGGAGUACACUCAGUACUCCACCAAGAAGCUGAAGGAUGUGCUGCAGGAGUUCCAUGGAGACGGUGUGUUGGCUAAAUACAAUCCAGAGGAGAAGCAGGAAAUCCUCUGCCAGGAGAUUGACUACGAGGGCUUCAAGGUGUUCAUGCAGACGUUCCUGGAGAGCGAGCUCCCCGAGGAGUUCUGUCAGCACCUCUUCAUGUCCUUUAGUAACAAGGGACCAGAACCCAGUCCAUCAUCUUCUGACAAGCCAAGGGUGUCUGGGCUGAAGCUGAUCAAAAGCAACUCUACCCCUCUGAAGACCCCCGCGCUGCCCAGACCUCUGGAUAUGGUGCAGCUGAAGGACAUCGUGUGUUACCUCUCGCUGCUGGAGGGCGGGCGGCCUGAGGACAAGCUGGAGU